CGAGUGUGUGACGUCACACAACCGGUAUCUGCGAUCCGCCGGUGUUGUGUAGUCACACGGUCUGCGAAUCAAAUCCCAUUGCUCGGGAUUUCGGACAGAGGCGGUGUGUGUACCCACCUCUCUGUCCGCGUCUGCAUCCGUCUGCGCCUGCUCUGCUCUAGCCGGUGCUCUCGUGAUUCGGCAACCGGGCGAAGAUGGCGGACCCGGCGGAGUGCACCAUCAAAGUCGUGUGCCGUUUCAGGCCCUUGAACAACUCGGAGGUGGCGAGGGGGGACAAGUACAUCCCUAAAUUUCAGGGGGAGGACAGUGUCGUGAUUGCGGGUAAGCCGUAUGUUUUCGACAAAGUUUUCCAGUCAAACACGACACAGGAGCAGGUGUACAAGGCCUGUGCUCAAGACAUCGUCAAAGAUGUACUUGGAGGAUAUAAUGGAACCAUUUUUGCUUAUGGUCAGACAUCCUCAGGCAAAACGCACACGAUGGAGGGAAAUCUCCAUGACACAGAUUCAAUGGGAAUUAUUCCCAGAAUAGUGCAAGAUAUCUUUAACUACAUUUAUUCUAUGGAUGAAAACCUGGAGUUUCACAUUAAAGUUUCAUAUUUUGAGAUUUAUCUAGAUAAGGUUCGGGACCUUUUGGAUGUUUCAAAGACUAAUUUAUCUGUACAUGAAGACAAAAACAGGGUUCCUUAUGUCAAGGGUUGCACUGAACGAUUUGUUUGCAGUCCAGAGGAAGUAAUGGACACUAUUGAUGAGGGGAAAUCAAACAGACAUGUGGCCGUGACAAACAUGAAUGAACACAGCUCAAGAAGUCACAGUAUCUUCCUGAUCAACGUGAAGCAGGAAAACACACAAACCGAACAGAAGCUAAGUGGAAAACUCUUCCUGGUUGACUUGGCAGGAAGUGAGAAGGUCGGUAAAACAGGAGCUGAAGGUGCUGUACUGGAAGAAGCCAAAAACAUCAACAAGUCUCUAUCAGCUCUGGGAAACGUGAUAUCUGCCUUAGCUGAGGGCUCGACAUAUGUUCCCUACAGAGACAGUAAAAUGACAAGGAUCUUGCAGGAUUCACUAGGUGGGAACUGCAGGACCACCAUUGUCAUUUGCUGUUCCCCCUCCUCAUUCAAUGACGCAGAGACCAAAACUACUCUCAUGUUUGGACAAAGAGCAAAGACCAUUAAGAACACAGUGUGCGUGAACAUUGAGCUGACGGCAGAACAGUGGAAGAAGAAAUAUGAGCGAGAGAAAGAUAAAAACAAAAGCCUUCGUAACACCAUCACAUGGCUGGAGAACGAACUGAACCGCUGGAGAAGGGGUGAGAGUGUACCUAAAGAAGAGCAGUUUGAUAAGGAGAAGGCAAAUGCCGAAGUGUUGGCGCUGGAUAACACAAUAAAUAAUGAUAAGUUUGCGUCCACACCAAGCAAUCCUCCCAUGCCGGGCAUGCUGGGCGCUCGACUUACAGACGCAGAGAAGGAUAAGUGUGAGGCUGAACUCGCCAAACUGUACAAGCAGCUUGACGACAAGGAUGAAGAGAUUAAUCAGCAGUCUCAGCUGGUGGAGAAGCUCAAGCAGCAGAUGUUGGACCAGGAGGAGUUGCUGGCCUCAUCACGGCGAGACCACGACAAUCUGCAGGUGGAGCUGACCCGUCUACAGAUGGAGAACGAUGCAUCUAAAGAAGAGGUGAAGGAGGUGCUUCAGGCCCUGGAGGAGCUCGCUGUAAACUACGACCAGAAGAGUCAGGAGGUGGAGGACAAAAGCAAGGAGUUCGAAGCCCUCAGCGAAGAACUGAACCAGAAAUCUAGCACCCUGGCGUCCAUAGAUUCAGAGCUGCAGAAACUAAAGGAAAUGGCCAAUCACCAGAAGAAGAGGGUGACUGAGAUGAUGUCAUCACUCCUGAAAGACUUAACAGAGAUUGGGAUUGCAGUGGGCAACAAUGAUAUCAAGCAGCACGAGGGCAGCGGUCUUAUAGAUGAAGAGUUUACUGUAGCCAGACUCUAUAUCAGUAAAAUGAAGUCGGAAGUUAAAUCCAUGGUCAAACGCUGCAAGCAGCUGGAAAACACUCAGUCGGAGAGCAACAACAAGAUGGACGAAACCGAGAAGGAGCUGGCGGCGUGUCAGUUACGCGUCUCGCAGUACGAGGCAAAAAUUAAAUCACUGACGGAGUAUCUGCAGAACGUAGAGCACAAGAAGAGACAGCUGGAGGAAGAUGUUGACUCUCUCAAUGAGGAGCUAGUCAAAAUCAAUGCACAGGAGAAAGUUCAUGCUAUGGAGAAGGAGAGUGAGAUACAGAGUGCCAAUGAAGUCAAGGAGGCAGUUGAGAAGCAGAUCCAGAGUCACAGAGAUGCUCAUCACAAACAACUCAGCAGUUUGAGAGACGAGCUGGAAAACAAAGAGAAACUCAUCACCGAACUACAAGAUCUAAAUCAGAAGAUCAUCUUGGAGCAGGAGCGUUUGAGAGUGGAACAUGAGAAACUCAAAUCCACUGACCAGGAGAAAAGCCGCAAACUACAUGAGCUCUCUAUGAUACAGGACCGCAGAGAACAAGCCAGACAGGAUUUGAAAGGCUUGGAGGAGACUGUGGCCAGGGAGCUACAAACUCUACACAACCUCAGGAAAUUGUUUGUACAGGAUCUGGCAACUCGUGUAAAGAAGAGUGCAGAGAUGGAUUCUGAUGAAACUGGUGGAAGUGCUGCUCAAAAGCAGAAGAUCUCUUUUCUGGAGAACAAUCUAGAACAACUUACCAAGGUCCACAAACAGCUGGUGCGUGAUAAUGCAGACCUGCGUUGCGAGCUUCCUAAACUGGAGAAGCGUCUGCGGGCAACAGCGGAGCGUGUGAAGGCUCUGGAGUCUGCGCUUAAAGAUGCCAAAGAGAACGCAGCCCGUGACCGCAAGCGAUACCAGCAGGAGGUGGACCGCAUCAAAGAGGCCGUGAGAGCCAAGAACAUGGCCCGAAGAGGACACUCCGCACAGAUAGCUAAACCCAUCAGGCCUGGACAGCAACCUGUAGCUUCUCCCACUCAUCCCAAUGUUCUGCGUGGAGGUGGCGGCGGCGUCCUUUACCAGAACAACCAGCCAGUUCCCAUCAGAGGAGGCGGCGGGGUCAAACAAGAGAAGAGUUGAGGACAAGUUCAUCCCACACUACCGAUGAUGCAGAAUGCAAGACAUCUUCAUGGAAACCUGUCAUUCCAUUAACAUGAUCCUUCUUGUUGGUGUACCCAGGGGGAUUUCUAAGUGUACAUGUUCAUGCCUGUACAGUUCCACUCCCACAAUCUGUUAUGUUUCCCCUCUAAAGCGAAUUAUUUUAUGAAUUUUGCACUCUCUCACACACAAAUGCACUAUAUAUAAUAAAAUGGAAAUCAAGAAAUAAAUGUAAGUAACUAAUGCAGUGCAUAUGCAAUCACCUUUAUCAAUCUGUACUGUUGUUCAGUGAGUCCGCUCCAUGUUAGGCUAAACACCUCAAAGGCUGUUUCUCUUAGGAGCGAAUGAAAGAAAACAAAACAUCAAAUGAGGCAUCUGCCGUCUCCAGCUGCUCCCUGCGUACCUGUAACCUCUUCAAGUUCAGUUAAAACUACUGCCCGAUAUCUGCAGAAGAACUCAGUCCGUGCUUGACUUCAUACGGGUCAGUGUGUUGAAACUGUAAUGAGCUUGAAUAGCAAAUAUCAGAAUAGAUAAAAUACUUGAGCUGUUUAUUGAUGUUUAAAUGGAUCGUCUGUAUCACUACAACUCCGAUAUUUCUACAUGAAGUACUGAAAACAGGUUCAAAUGUCAGGAAUUACAGUUGUUUGGGACUAGGGCAGGUGAUGUAAUGGAUCUUUAAAUGGGAAUGUGGCGAAGCUUUUAGACACGAAGUUCCCUCACACAGUUUGGUAAUUCUGUAAGGAGCUCACAAUUUAAACUUAUGACUGCAAAGGCUAAUGGUUUCUUAAGAAACAAAUGUUUGAUUGAAGGUUGUUCUGUCUUGUUUUCGCAUAACAUCAUGUUUCGAACUCCCUAAAUUGUUUUUAAUGUUUCAUUCAUAUCUGUAUUUCAAAUGUUUAUGUUUACCUGGAGUAAAAUGCUGGGUUUGUUGACAACUGGAAGUCAUGUGACAUCAUUCCUUGUCUGUUCCGCUUCUGUUACUGAUCAGCCAAUCAGUUUAGCGGAAUAUUUCAACAAUCUACCCCAGAUUACGUCUCUUAGAGUACUUGUUGCGUAGUUGGAACUGGAAAAUGUGUAAUUAUCUAUUAUUUCUUUCAAUGUUGUCCCAAAUCUUUUGAAUUUAGAUGUUUACACUCCUGAUAUUGGUAAAGAACCUAAUGAAAUGGAAAUUACAGGACAUGACAGCCUUUGCAUUAUUUUCAAAUCUAUUGCUUUCUGGGUGUUUUAUCUCUUUUAAGCAUAGGACCAUUUAAAUCACUGUUGCGUUAUUAGUCCUAAAUUCAUCCCUUUUUUUUUUGAGCAUGAAGGAUAAUAAAUUGCUGAACUCCAUACAUUCAAUAAAAAUUGAAAAUGAAUAGCUAUUUUUUUAUUACUGUGUAAUAGUAACUCCAUUACUGAUUGACAGAAAGUUUCAACAACCGAACAGGUACUGGUUCAUUCCAAGAGAAAUAAUGUGAUUUUGGGAAAUUCUGGUGUAAGGUGAGGGGUGGAAGAGAAUGAAAUGACUAAAAACACUUUUCUCGAUGGACUGCAUGACGUGUGAUUAAAUCAAUAUUCUGAAA